GGGAGGGAGAAAGAGGGGAGGAAAACAUUUCCCCACACUUGUCAGUGAGAUGCCAAACUCUCCGUGAGUGGGAUGAACGGAGCAGAUGCUGGGAUGAGAUGCCAAGGCAGCUCCCCUUUCCCCUGCGCUUUUGGGCGCUUAUAAAUUACUCCAGCGCGCUUCCCAGCCUCCUCUUGUGGUGGCAGGUGGCUUGCCUGUGCGCGCCCGACGCCUGUGUGGCUCCGGCUAGCGGUGCUUCGCGGCUUGCUGACCUCCCCGCGGCAGCUCCGUUUCCGAAGAGCAUCGCGGCAGCUCGAGCCAGGGAGCCGGCCAAGGCUGCAGCGGAGUUCCUCGCCGGCGGCGUCGGGGCGGGAAGGAUUUCCCGGGCACCUCCCGCUCUUCCCCGCUGCCCUCGGAGAGUUGGUGUCGUCGCUGCAGAAAGCAGAGGAUGAAUGAGUGAGCGAGAGAGAAGGGGUGGGAAGAAGAAAAAAACCGCGGGAAGGCAGCGAGAGUGGAGAUCGGGAGGAGCAGAACAAGGGGAGUUGAUUCGAGCUGGCACAGGCGGAAAAAAAAAAGUCGAUCGCCAGCAGCUGCAUAAAAGUGUGAGCGGCUCCUUUCCAGGGUAGCAGCGGCGCAGCCACAGGUGCCCCAGACGGGGAGGCGAGGAGGCAGCAGAGCGCAGCGCAGCAAGCAAGCAAGCAAGCAAGGCGAGGCUCCCGGGACUUUGCCUUUGGGAUCUGGCGAAGGACACCUUCCCGGGCGCCCCUCCCCGCCGGCGGGAGGCAGAGGGCGAGAAGCCGCCCCAAGGGACGCGGGGACGCUACCCCGCGGUGAUUUCGGUGCAAGGAGGUCCCCGUCCAGUCAUCAAGAUUUUGUCCAAAAGCAGACAAGAGGAUCGCCCUGCGCUGAGCCGCCUGGUGGGCAGCAGGCGCCGGCUGAUCGCGGCCGGCGCGCUGGGGGUGGUCAUGGUGCUGCUGCUGGUCAUCCUGAUCCCGGUGCUGGUCAGCUCGGCGGGCACGUCGGCGCACUACGAGAUGCUGGGCACCUGCCGCAUGGUCUGCGACCCCUACGGCAGCACCAAGGCGCCCAGCACGGCGGCCACGCCCGACCGCGGCCUCAUGCAGUCUCUGCCCACCUUCAUCCAGGGUCCCAAAGGCGAGUCUGGGCGGCCGGGCAAAGCCGGGCCGCGGGGGCCGCCGGGGGAGCCCGGACCGCCGGGGCCGGUGGGCCCGCCGGGCGAAAAGGGCGAGCCCGGGCGCCAGGGCCUGCCGGGCCCGCCAGGGGCGCCGGGCCUGAAUGCGGCCGGGGCCAUCAGCGCCGCCACGUACAGCACGGUGCCCAAGAUCGCCUUCUACGCGGGCCUCAAGCGGCAGCACGAGGGCUACGAGGUGCUCAAGUUCGACGACGUGGUCACCAACCUGGGCAACCACUACGACCCCACGACAGGCAAAUUCACCUGCUCCAUCCCCGGCAUCUACUUCUUCACCUACCACGUGCUCAUGCGUGGCGGCGACGGCACCAGCAUGUGGGCCGAUCUCUGCAAGAACAACCAGGUUCGAGCUAGUGCAAUCGCUCAGGAUGCGGAUCAAAACUAUGAUUAUGCCAGUAACAGCGUAGUUCUACAUUUGGAGCCAGGAGAUGAGGUCUACAUAAAACUAGAUGGAGGAAAAGCACAUGGAGGAAACAACAACAAAUACAGCACAUUUUCUGGAUUUAUAAUUUAUGCUGACUGAUAAUGAAUCAAAAACUAUAUCACCUUCUUCUGAGUCUAAGUGAUGGAUUCACGUGGCAAAAGUCAAUGAAUCAAGAGUCCCAGAGGAUACUGGCCGUGGGACACCUCAGUAAUGGGCCAAAAUGCUACCUGACUCACAUCUGUACAACCCAGAGAAAGAGUGUGUUUAAAAAAAAUUAUAGAGCAAGUUAAACAGAUGUGUGAUCCACUAUCGCCAAAGCAAAAUACUCCUUGUUGUUAGUGUCCAUGUGAAUGAAGUCCUAUAUAGGUCACAACUUUUAUAGAGGGAAAAAACCCACUUAAGGCACUGAAUUAUUUCUUCAGCGUAUAUGAUACUUUUGGUGUGCUAUGAUCUUGCUGCUUUUAUCCAUCCAUCAGCUUUGGUACUUGUGACUUACCUGCUAACUAUGAUGCGUGUGGAGCCAACUCAUAGUAUGUGGUGAGGAAUGAUUUUACAAUAAAAGGAAGAUGUAACUGAUUUUUGCUUAUUCCCUCCAAAGGAAUCAUUUGCCUAGUACUCAUAUUCCCUUCCUAUAUAGAAACAGAAAUGGACCCAUUUUAAGCCUUAGCUCUAGCUUUACAUGGGCACAAGUCAGGGUUUUAAUAAGACUUCCAACACUGUUGUGUCUUUCUUGCUUCAAUCCAGUGACUUUACAGGCAGAGAAACUCUAAUGCACACAAAGAUUCCCAAUGCCCAGAAGGGUUUCCCCAUUCAUUUCAAUAGAAAGCGGAAAUCCACUUGUGCAUGCAGAGCUGCUGCCUCUGCUGAAAUGAAAGGGAGAAUGCUGCAUGUACACUGAAGCAUAGGCGGUGUUCCAAUUGGUGGGCUCAUCAUAAAACAAAGGCAAAGAAGAGAGAAGCGUGAAAUGGUUCAGCUCUCUGAAAAUAAUAAAUAAAAACUCACCGGCCAAUAUUCCACACAGUGGCACACCAACAUCAAGGAACCGGCAGAGCUGCUGUGCAAUGUGGAUGGCAUCCCUAAUGGUAUUGCGCAAGAGGAUGGUUGUGCAACAACUUGACACAUCAUUUGGGCAGUUGUACAGUGCUACUUUCAUUGUUUCCAGGGGAAGUGCUGCACAACUGCACAGAUGCUGUUUUAAAUCACUGCGCAACGUAUCCUUUGUGCAGCUCUGUCAGGGUUGCUCUUCACAUCAUGCAGCAACCCUGGUGGGUUCCUUUCGGCAGUGCACCACUGCACAGAAUGUCAGCCACCAUAUUGGGUAUAUGUUAUUACCCAAUAUUGGAAAUGUUGGAUGGGCACCUUCUAAGUUUCAUCAGGCAUAUGAUCUGUUUGUUUUGUUUUUUCAUAGUUAUAUGUACAGAGACAUUCCUUUUCACAAUGGGCCCCCUCUUUUGGCAAGGCCACCCCCCCCGCCAUACACACCAUGUCAUACACACUUCUUGAGCUCCCUGUAGGAACGAGUAAGAGCCAUGGGUGUAUAUGGGGGGAAAGUAAAGUUGGGUACAUAGUGGGUACCAUUUUGGUAGGGGUGAUCCUGUUCCUGGUGCCUAAUUUCUUGCUGGGGAUAGAGCAGCCCAUUUAUUCUGUCCCAUAGAAUGUGGUGAGAGCGACUGAAACAGCUUCCACCAUCCCACCCUGUGCUCUGUUUCUUAUGCCCCCUCCAAACAUAUCUACAGUUGUGUGGGAGCUUCUUCCCCAUGGUGCUAUCUGAAGCAGCUGCAGUAUGUAUGUAAAUACAAUGAGACAGAACUGAUCACAUGGGUUUCUCUUGCCCAUUCAGCACCUUCCUUCCCAGUGGGGUGCUGAUUACACGGGAAACCCCACUUGCCCCAUCCCCUCUGGCUGGGGCAUUCUUCCACAGCAGCUGCAAAGCUUUGGCUGUACAGGGAAGUUGCUCCCAUGCUGCUUGGUGUGGGUGUGUAUAUGAAGGAGCCUUACUCAUGCUAGAAGAUGACAUAGAGAACACUGGGGCCCGUCUAUUUUAUAAUAGACAAGUCCAGUAAGCCAUUUUUACACUCCUAACUUUGGUACAGGUUUUUCCAGCAUGGGACAUUUUGAUCAGCUGCACACUCUUGCAUCAUUCCUGUUUUCAGUGUAACAAAGCCAUCCCCUUAGACCAGCACAACAGGGCUCACUCCACAUGCAGUUCCUUGCUCUGGUUGCCGACCAACAAUUCACCUAAAGCCUGCUAGUAGAAAUCUGACUGAUUUGCAGUAGAUCAGCAAAUCUUUCUGACUUCUAAACGUUUUAAAAUAACAUCUAGAAAAAGGUUCCCCUUCCUACCCCCAAACGAGGCUGCUGAGAUGAAGAAAACUUGGGUGAAAACCAGAGGUGGAUAUUUUGUGAAAGGAGUGGAAGUUUAGUUCUGGGACUGAAAAGACAGUGCUAAGCAUGGGCUCCUAGAUACCCUGUUCUUUAAUUCUCAGUGUAUACCUACUGUCCUCUCAUUAUUUUGCACCUAGCUCCAGUUGGUGGAUUUCAAGGCUUAAGCAAAAAAAACCCCAAACCCAGUGGCUGACAUACUGCUCAAUGCUGCAUGCACCUUGCAACAUAACUUCUGCAUACUUGUGCAAGAGUGAAAGUAAUGCCGUCAAUGGCACAAUUGUACCAUUCUUGCUAUUAGUGCAACAGCACUUCCCCUCCAUCAAAAAUAUAAAUAUUUAGACAAUUUGAAACACCUUUUCUCAAUGGCUUAUUUUAAAGUCAGGCUAGUUUGAGUGCUCCGAAGCAAUCAAUUCUGUUAUAUAGAUUUCUAGUUAGUUGCUAUUUUGUUUUAAAAUAAAUGCUAAUAUUUUAUAUAUUAAAAGCUUAACUAGAACCACUACAUGAGAAUACCGGGGUGUCAAACUUAUAGGAUGUGAUUAGUCUCACUGCUAGUCCAAUGCAAAGGCGCCUUCACAGAGCUCCAGAUGGUGGGAUAAAGAGUAGGAGUGUGUGAUAUAUGCAUAUUAUUAAAGGUAACAUGAUGCAAGGCAACAUUCUCAAAUGUGAAAGAUCAUACUUAUUUGAGCCUAUCUUCUUGUACCUUAGGCAGCUUGUAGAGACUUUUCAGUUAUUCUAUAAAAAUACCCUUUGGUUCAAUUCAUACUUCUAUAAUUAAUACUUCUAUAAAGAGUUUUGAAAUAAUUUAAAAUAAUCACUAUACAGUACAUAGCAGAGAUUCGAGGAUAUGUUUAUCUAUUCUGGGGGGAGUCAAUCUGUAGUUGCCUUCUACAGUAUGCUGUUACUUCCAGCUCACAAGCUGCAUUUAGAUGAAAGAAAUUUUCAGUGAACAGGGGUUACUACCAAGUAACUGUUCUUAAGUUAGGGGGUAUCCAAGAUGGAAUGGAGCUUGCUUGCUGAAACUUAUUUAAAAUUAUUUAUAAUAUUAAAACCAAGAUUCUAGUUUCUCUGUUCAGUAGAAUCUGCCACAACCAGAUCAACCGCAGUUUGAAAAUUAGGUUUACAAUAUGUUUAAGUAUGCACAAUAUUGUUUUUUCUUUCGUAAUCAAGUCUAUUUUCUACAUUUGCAAAAUAUUAAAAAAGGUAGAAAACCCACUCUCAAAAGCAA